UGCGCCAGUUUGUCCGACACCCUCCACUCCACCUCUUCCCGGUUGUUUCUCAGAUUUUUUUUUUCUUUUGAUUUCUUCUUCUCUCUCAAUUAUUUGGUUUUACUUUUGUCUCUUACAAUUUUGUCUCUGAAACGGUGAAUACACAGAACACUGCAUUGCGUUGCGUCGGUAAAAUUUAUUAAUUAUACCUUAUAAUUAUUAAAAGGAGAAAUAAAAGAAAAAGAAAAAGAAAUGAAUUUGCCCUUGUUUCUGCAAAUUCUCACUCACGACAGACCCCUGAGUGAGCGAGCAACCCCCCCCUUCUUCUUUCUCUUUCUUUUCCCUUACCUUUAUUGGUGGUUCUGUCCUCUUUUUCUUUCUUCCGCAUCAACCACACACCUGAAAGUUCUACCUUCCUAUUCCUAUUCUUUUGUUGGUUCAGAUUCCGAAUAAUUAAAAGAAAGAAAGAAAGCAAGCAAGUAAUGUCAGGUUUGUAUAAUCCCAACUUCUCUCCUGCAAGAGCUGCUUCUCCUCAGAUUAGAAGCAGCGGUGAUACUGACAGGUAUCCUUCCCAGAUUCAUUGUUUCAUUCUACUCCCAACAUGCCAUCAAUUUUUCUUCCCACCUUCUCCCCAUCCCCCAUGUGAUUAUCUUCUUCUGAUCUUCUUUAGCCAGUACCUGUCGGAGCUGUUGGCCGAGCAUCAGAAACUCGGACCCUUCAUGCAAAUCCUUCCUAUUUGUAGCCGACUUUUAAAUCAAGAGAUUUUGCGGGUUUCCGGAAUGAUGUCCAACCAAGGUUUUAGUGAAUUUGAGAGAUUACGACAUAGAAGCCCCAGUCCAAUGGCUUCUUCUAACCUUGUGUCAAAUAUUUCUGGCUCAGGUUUUGGCAGCUGGAAUGGACUUCCUCAGGAGCCAAGGUUAAGUGGAAAUCCUGGAAUGACAAUGGACUGGCAAGGUGCUCCUGCAAGCCCUAGUUCAUUUACUGUAAAGAGGAUUUUGCGUUUGGAAAUUCCAGUGGACACAUAUCCGAAUUUCAAUUUUGUUGGACGACUUCUUGGACCGAGAGGCAAUUCUCUGAAGCGGGUAGAAGCUACUACAGGAUGUCGUGUGUAUAUCAGAGGAAAGGGGUCAAUUAAAGAUCCAGAGAAGGAAGAGAAACUCCGAGGAAGACUUGGUUAUGAACAUCUGAACGAACCACUGCAUGUCCUAAUUGAGGCUGAUUUACCUGCCAAUAUCAUUGAUAUCAGGCUGAGACAGGCACAAGAAAUUAUAGAAGAACUACUUAAACCCGUGGACGAGCCAAAUGAUUAUAUCAAAAGACAACAACUGCGUGAAUUAGCAAUGCUGAAUUCAAAUUUCAGAGAAGAGAGUCCAGGCCCUAGCGGUAGUGUUUCUCCUUUCAAUUCAAGCGGGAUGAAGCGUGCAAAAACUGGUCGCUGAGAGCUCACAUUGGUGUCCAAUACAUUUUUCCUCUCUAUUAUGCAAAUUGAUCACUGAAAUGCCUGCCAACAGGUUAGGUUCAACAUAAUUACAAGAUUGGAUGGUCAAUAUUCUUUUUUUUUUUUUAGUUUAUUUAUUAUUUAUUUUUGAAACAACAGAAAGAGAUGUCUUUUUGUCUUCCUCAUUUUUAUUUAGAGAGAGAGAGAGAGCGAGAGAGAGAGAGGUUUUAGUGAGUAAAGAUUGUGUAUUUUUGUUUGGGGGUUUCUAUCUGGUGAGGUCGUUCUGUCACAUACACUGAAUAUAUUUAUUGGAUUUAUUCUUGUGUUAGUUACUUUUAAAUAAUGUGUAAUAUUCACUAAAGGUACGCAAUAGGAAGCAGAUUUUACAAGA